CUGAAAAAGAAAGUGCACAAAAAGAAAUCGAACGUUAUGAUUGUUGGUUUUUUCAACGUAUUUGUGUACUUAUUGCAUUAUUCGUAAGAUUUUGUGUAUCACUGAGCCCGUAUUCAGGUUAUGGUAAACCACCGAUGUAUGGUGAUUAUGAAGCACAACGUCAUUGGAUGGAAAUAACAUAUAAUUUGCCUAUUAAAAAUUGGUAUGUCAAUUCAACUUUUAAUGAUCUGCAGUAUUGGGGCUUGGAUUAUCCACCAUUAACUGCCUAUCACAGUUGGUUUUGUGGUUUUAUUGCAUAUAAAAUUAAUCCAGAUUGGGUUAGGUUAAAGACAUCUCAAGGAUAUGAAAGUUCUGACCAUAAACGGUUCAUGAGAUAUACUGUGUUGGCUGCUGAUUUGUUGAUUUAUUUUCCUGCGGCAUAUGCUUUUUGCUCAAUAUUUUACAAGAAAUAUUCAAAAUUAUCUCAGAUAUCAAUAUUUUUCUCAUUGCUCUUGCAACCUGGACUGAUACUUAUUGAUCAUGGCCAUUUUCAGUAUAACUGCAUAAGUUUAGGUCUUGCACUAUGGGCUGUUGUGUUAGUGAUCGAGAAUAACGAUGUGCUUGGCUCAGUCAUGUUUUGUUUGGCUCUAAACUACAAACAAAUGGAACUUUAUCAUGCCUUACCAUUCUUCAGUUUUUUAUUGGGAAAAGCUUUGAAGGAAAUAUCUUGGUUUAAAAUAUUUUACAAAAUAUUUUGUCUUGGAAUAACAGUUAUAAUAACGUUUGCAAUAUGUUGGCUUCCAUUUUUACUUGAUGUUCAACUUGCAUCUCAAGUUCUUCAUCGAUUAUUUCCAUUUGCUCGGGGACUGUAUGAGGAUAAAGUAGCCAACGUCUGGUGUUCUUUAUCAAUUUUUGUAAAGUUGAAGAAUUUAUUUUCUCAAUCAACUUUAUUGGCAAUUUGUGGCAGUUCAACCCUGUUUCUACUUCUCCCAUCUAAUAUCAUGUUGGCCUUUUGUCCUUCAUCGAAAUCGUUCUUGUUGUCUCUUGUAAAUUCCUCUUUGGUUUUCUUCCUUUUUUCAUUUCAAGUCCAUGAAAAAUCUAUUUUGUUGGCUGCAUUACCUGCGAGCCUCUUAAUAUCUUUUCAGCCUGUACAAACUACAUGGUUCUUAUUCGUAGCAUGUUUUAGUAUGACACCUUUGUUGGAAAAAGAUGGGCUCCUUUUAGCUUACAUUCCGUGUAUGAUGAUAUUUCUUUUCGCAAACUUCAGUUUUCAUGAGGAUUUUAAAAAAGAUAAUACUUCAAAGUACAUGUUUAUCUUGUCAAUAUCUAGCGGAAUUUUUCUCCACUUUUCAAGUCAUACUAUUAAUCCUCCACCAAAAUAUCCAGACAUAUUUCCUUUACUUAUUUCGAUUUUUUCGUGUGGACAUUUCUUGUUGUAUUUAAUUUACAAUUAUUAUUUACAGUAUCAAGAAUUUCGUUAUGAUUUAUCCCUUAGUAAAAAAAUGUCAUAAAAUAGUCGUAUAUUUCAAAUUCAAGAACUCUUAUAAAGAAUGUCAAUUUUAUUAUAAUUAUACAAUAAAUACUUUUCUUGUCUUUACUGGUAA